AUGCCCUAUCUGUCAAGAACCGUGGCCGAGGGCCACAAGCCAAGAGUGGCUGUUAUCGGAGCGGGCUUCGCAGGCUUGCGAUGCGCAGAUAUCCUCAUCCAAAACGGCGCCCAGGUCGUUCUUUUUGAAGCGAGAGAUAGACUCGGUGGAAGGGUACAUCAGAGCAAGAUCCAUGAUCAUGUGGUUGACAUGGGCCCUAAUUGGAUUCAUGGCACCGGAAAGAACCCGAUAGUCAGCAUUGCUGAAGCAACAAACACCGCCGUUGAGGACUUCGAAGGGAACCAGGCUCUUAUAGCUCCCGAUGGGACCCCAAUCAGUGACGAUGUCGCUGAGAAGGUCUCGGACGUCCUGUGGACAAUCAUCGCCAAGGCAUUCGAGUACAGCAACACCUACAAAGAGACGAUACCUGCCGAUCGGAGCUUGCUUGACUACAUCAAGGAACAAGUGGUGCAGACCGACCUCAGCGAGGAGGAAAAGGUGCUGUGCGUUGAAUCUAGCAAGAUGUGGGGUGCCUAUGUUGGUGACCCCAUCGAAAGGCAGAGUCUGAAGUUCUUUUGCCUCGAAGAAUGUAUAGACGGAAACAACUACUUUGUGGCAUCCACAUAUACACGAAUCUUGGAACAUGUCUCCAAGACCGCACGCCAACACGCGGAUAUCCGCCUCAACCAACCGAUCAUCAAGAUCGAGUCCUCAGUUCGCGAUGACACCGCUGCCAUGCCAUCGUCCAGCACACAAGUGACCCUAACAACAGCUUCAGGGGAAACCUCCAACUACGACGAAGUAGUCGUCACCUGCCCCCUAGGCUGGCUCAAGCGCAACAAAGACGCGUUUAUCCCAUCCAUACCCGCGCGCCUCAGCCAAGCCAUCGACAGCAUCUCCUACGGCCGCCUCGAGAAAGUAUACAUCACCUUCCCUCGCGCCUUCUGGUACACCUCCAACCCUGCAUCAUCAUCGUCACCUUCACCCAGCACCACCCCCACCCCCACCCCAACCUACAAAUCCUACCAAACCCCAACCUUCGCCCAAUUCCUCAACCCAAGCUACUCAACCACCCACCCCCCGGAAAUCCACUGGAACCAAGAAUGCAUCUCGCUCGCCGCCCUUUCCUCCCGGCAAACCGCCCACCCGACCCUCCUCUUCUACACCUUCGGCCCCAGCGCCACGCAUAUCGUCUCGCAGAUCGCACACCUCCCCCCGACCUCCCCGGAAUACUACCGACAACUCCACGGAAUCUUCCACCCCUUCUUCGCCCGCCUGCACAACUACUCCCCGACCGCGCCGGAGUGCCAGCCGCUCGCCUACCUGGCGACGACGUGGCAGACGGACCCCUACGCGGGCCACGGCUCGUACUGCAACUUCCAGGUCGGGUUGCAGCGCGGGGACCGCGAUAUCGAGGUGCUGCGGGCGGGCAUGGGCGCCGACCGCGGCGUGUGGUUUGCGGGCGAGCAUACGGCGCCGUUCGUGGCGCUGGGGACGACCACCGGCGCGUACUGGAGUGGGGAGCGCGCCGCGGCGGGGAUCUGUGAGCUCUAUGGACUGGGGAAGGUCGGGUUGGGGGUCGGGGGCAUGAGGGAUGAUUCUUUGCCGUCCGCCGGAGUGGUUGGUCGCGAGGAUUUGGGGGUUGGUGGUGGGGCUUGA